AUGGCCGGUUUAAUUAAAGAUCUUGAAGGUGGAUUUAUGGACAAUACAGCCGAUCGUGUCGUAGAUGAUUUUAUACCAGAUAAAAAUGGUGAAAUUGGUCGUAUUAUGGAAACUGGCGUUAACCAAUAUGUUAACAAUGAAAUCAAUUCAAGAAUGGACUCAGGUGUCUUCGAUGGUAAUACGAACCAAGGUCAAAGUGGAAGUAGCGAUAAAUUUUGAACUAUCACAACAAGUCCAUCUACAACUCAACAAAACAUAACAAAUGUACCUGCGAUUCAACAGAUUACAACAACUUUAUCAACCACUCAGCAAAGCACAACAGUUGCAACUACAAUGCAACAGAUUACAACAAGCUUAUCUACAACUCAGCAAACUACAACAAGUGCAACUACAAUUCAACAAAUAACAACAAGUUUAUCUACAACUCAGCAAAGCACUACAAUUACAACUACAGGUGAGACAUAA